CCUCCCCGCCGGUGCCUCGGUGAUAGACAUUCCGCUGCUUCCAAUCGGGGGCGUCCAGUGCCGGGAGCAGCCAAUCGGGGACUCCGGUGGGCGGGGCGGCCGGGCCAGUUAGAUUUGGCGGUUCAUUUCAACAUGGCGGAAGCGAGUGAUGUUAAUGUAGGCGGCGGCUGUGAGGAAAAAGGGCCCGAGGGGUCGUCCCCGGAAUCGGUGCCCCCCGACACGACCAUUUCGAGGAUGAAGCUCCUCGACACCACGGUGGACACUUUCCUCCAGAAGCUGAUCGCCGCCGGCAGCUACCAGAGAUUCACCGACUGUUACAAGCGCUUCUACCAGUUGCAGCCGGAGGUGACACGGCGCAUCUACGACAAGUUGGUGACCCAGUUGCAGACGUCUAUCCGGGAGGAGGUCUCUGACAUCAAAGCGGAGGGGAACCUGGAGGCUGUCCUGAACGCCCUGGACACCAUUGUGGAAGAAGGCCGAGGCCGCAAGGAGCCGGCCUGGCGCCCCAGUGGGAUCCCAGAGAAGGACCUGUGCAGUGUCACCGUGCCCUGCCUCCUGCGUCAGCGGGACGCCCUGCAGCGCCGGCUGCAGAGACAGGAGGCUGAGAACAGGCAGCUGGCGGACGCCGUCCUGGCUGGGCGCCGGCAGGUGCAGGAGCUACAGCUACAGGGCCAGGCCCGGUGGCAGGCCUGGCAGGCUCUCCACAAAGGACGCAAGGAGCUGGUGGCCGUGCUGAGGGAGCCCGAGUGAGGGAGCCGGCAGGGACCAGGAGCAGAAGGCGCCUGAGAGCAGCUGAAACGGUGCCCAGUCCCUAAGCAGUGAUGGAAUGAGUUGGGGGACCAGCCUGCACAGGCCCCAUCGCCACUGUGCCUUGGGGCUCCUGGGGGAUCACACGCGCUACCUUCAGAUCCCAUCCUGUCGGCUUCUAAUGGGGUGAUCAGCUCCCACCCUGGGAAGCAGGCUCCAUGCCUCGCUCCCCUGGGUCCCCCUCCCCCUGUCCCCGAGCCUUCCCUCCGGCCUGGCCUGGGGAAUCUGCCACUGAUUGCCCCCUUGCCAGCCAGCCCCAGGCCCCUGGCUGUGCUCUCCCACAUCCCCACAUCCGUAAAUAAACUUCCUCCACUCACUACACUGUAAUCUGUGGACGCUGCUUCCGCCGGGGCCUCUGGCGGCUGCGGCCCCUCCUGGGCUCCCUCGGGUCUCGGCUGCAGUCCAGAGCCUCCAGGCUCAGUGGGGUGGCGGGGGUGAAGCCCUUUGUCACAGAAACCAGGACCCCGGGGUUCCCUGAGGUGAGGACCAGCUUCCAGGUGGUGUCCCUGUUCAACCCAGCCUCCCCUUCGAUUUGAUGGUUUGAGUUAAUUCUGAGGAGAGCUCUGGGGGGGGCCCGGUGCUCACAGAGCAGGUGGGCUUCUGGGUUCCCACGCCUGGGCCAGCGGGUAUGGGGGUUCAGCGAAGGUGGGAAAAGUGCUUCCUCCAGACCAGCGAGCAGAGGGGAGGGGAGGGGAGGGGUGGGGCAAAAUGUUCUUCCCUCGUGAGGUUCUCCCCCUAACUGGAAACAGGGUUCGUUGGGUCUGUGGGAGCCCUGGGGACACUGACACUCAGAAUUCAGGUGGCCCCUGCUCACCACCCCCACCUGGCCCCCUGCAUCGAGCCCAUGGUUCUCCUGCAGCUGCAGCAUCCAAACAUCCAGCUGCCCCCUCGCCCCCCACAGGCCCUGGGGUGGGGUGGCGGGUGCUGUCAGGUGAGUGGGUGGGGAGAGGUCACCCUGCCGCCUCUCCAGGCUCAGCUGUGGGACAGGGUUUUUCAGGCUGGAUGUUUCCCCUGGAGGACAGGUCCCCAAGGUUGUUCCCACCAGGAUCGGGGGUUAGGAGCACUCAGAGGCCCUGGGAAGGGCAUAGGAUGGGGGUCCCCAUCGCACUGACCCCCUUGCCUGCCCCAGAUGCAGGCUGUCCUUAUCUCGCUGGCCCCACUUCUGUUGGCUUUGGGCUACCCAGCCCUUCCUCCUGGCGUGAUGAGACCAGCCGCCCCCACCAGGCCCCGCCAGGCCUGCGGCUGGUCUCGCAGGGUGAACGAGGACACGGCCGGCACUCCCUCCCUGGGGUUUGGCUCCUGCCCACGGCUGACAGUGGAAAUCAUAGUACACUGCAAUCUGUUAGGCCUCUAGGCCCCCCACACCCAUCCCCCGCUGAGGGAGUAUGGGGGCUGGGGCACCCAGAGGCUGGCGGUCCGCCCACCCUGUGCCCUCACUUCCCCGGGGCCUGCCCUAGCUCCAACCACAACAUCCUUUGGGGUUUGGCCUGUAGAGCCGGGCGGAUGACCCCCAAAUAGCCCUGGCAGAGUCCCCCAUGACCCGCCUGCACCGUGGUCAG